CUAGCAUUGGCCACCAUUUGGUUAUGCUUAUUCCGGUAUUGCCAGCGAACCUCUUUCCAUGACCCCUCGUCCCUGUUUUACGACUCAGAUCGCGCAUAUACCCGAAACUACUCAGCAACUCGAGAGUUGGAAGCCGACGAAUUCCUCGAGAGAGCUUCCUGGGCACCCGCAACAGCAAAACGCCCAUGGAUAUACCAUGGAAAGAAUGACAUCGAGAAGCCAGACGGGUACAGGAUAUGCAUCGGGAUCCCUAGUGUUCGAAGAGAGAGGGAACAGUUCACUGGACGGACGAUAGCUUCCUUACUUGACACUCUAAGCCCAGAAGAGCGGAGACUGGUCGACUUGAAGAUCCUACUGGCGGACGAUGCGCCGCAGAACCACCCGGCUUGGCAGCAGCCAUGGCUCCAUAACGUCGCCGACGAAGUGCUAAUUUACGGACAAGAGUCGAGCACCAGGACCGACAAUGCUCAGUGCAUCACUUCGAUCUCACGGCGUUCAACUAUUGGCGACGAUCGAAACAAAAGAGUUCAGCUAGACUAUGCCAAUGUGAUACGCGCAUGUCGAAGCACGGAAGCCGACUACUUUGUUCUGGUCGAGGACGAUGUGAUUGCUUCGCGAGACUGGUUUCGAAGACUGCGCAAGUCACUUGAAGAAACUGAGGCUAGAAACACUGGAACGGAUUGGUUCUAUCUUCGACUGUUUUAUUCGGAAACUCUCCUAGGGUGGAACUCGGAAGAGUGGCCGGUCUACCUGCGGGACUGCAUCCUCACUUACACGGCGGUCCUCCUCGUUGUGUUAUUGGUGCGAUGCAGGUCGGCGGUAUUGAAGCCAAUGAGGUCAACAGAUCUCAUCAAGCCAAACGUCUCUCUCAUAAUCCAGACCCUAUUUUGGGUGACAGCUUACCUAGCCUUGUAUUUCAUGGCUGGUAGACUAUUGGUUGACCCAUUUGGAGCUGGCGUCCAUGAGAUGCCGCGUUAUGGCUGUUGUGCUCAAGGUCUUGCUAUGCCUCGUCGGCAUCUGGGGACAUUAGAGAAUCAACUUCGAGAGCCACCUCAUCAUCUUGCUGGUGAUUCAUUUGUGGACAUAGUGGCGGAUCAGGAAGGCCUCAAGAAAUGGGCCAUGGUUCCGAGUGUUUUGCAACAUGUGGGUGUAAGAGGUUCAUCAGAACGCGGGGGAUAUUACAAGACCACAUGGAAUUUUAGCUUCGAAAAG